AUAUUGAAUUCUAGAAAAGUUAUUGACUUUGGAUAUUGCACAGACUACAAUGUGCAGGUAGCCAACGCCUUAUCAAUUUCAUCAGUCAUCUCUGCUGAUUACUCCAUCUCCAUCUUCAUUCAAAGAAAUGGAUUCAACUCAUCCAGAAUCAUCAGAAGUUGUUUUUGAUGUCCCAAUAUUUUUUAAAGUCUACAAAGAUGGCCGUGUCGAAAGGUAUCGAAAACAUGAUUUUGCCCCUCCUUGGGAUAAUUCCGUCACAGGUGUUCAAUCCAAAGAUAUCGUCAUCGUACCAAAGAACAACGUUACGGUACGCCUUUACCUUCCUAAAAUCACCCAAAAUUACCAGAAAUUUCCACUUCUUGUGUAUUUCCAUGGAGGUGGGUUUGUGAUCGAAUCAGCAUUUUCUACUUACUAUGAUAGUUAUCUCCACUCUGUAGCUGCAGAAACCAAUGUAAUUGCUGUAUCUGUCGAGUAUCGAUUAGCUCCAGAACAUAAAAUUCCUGCGUGUUAUGAUGAUUCCUGGGCUGUUAUGAAAUGGGUCUCUCAGCACUCAAUUGGCGAACAAGGAGCUGAACCUUUGCUGAAAUAUUAUGCUGAUUUUUCCCGAGUUUUCUUGUCAGGUGAUAGCUCAGGAGCCAAUAUUGCUCAUAGCAUGAUGAUGCGAGCAAGUAUAGACGAAGAUCAUAAACUUGGAGUUGGAGAUAGCUUAAAGCUCGUCGGAAUGGCAUUAAUUCACCCUUAUUUCGGGAACAAUAAGCCAGAUAGAAUUUGGUCGUAUUGUUGCCCUGAAAAUCCCAAUACUGAUGACCCUCGAUGCAAUCCAGCAGCACAUCCCAGUAUGUCAUCCAAGCUUUGUUGUUCCAACAUUCUGAUAUGCACAGCAGAGAAGGAUUUUAUAAGGGACAGAGGGCGGACAUACUCUGAGGCCCUCAAGAAAUGUGGAUGAAAAGGUCAAGUGGAGAUUAAGGAGACACAAGGGGAAGAGCAUGUUUUCCAUCUUGUUAACCCAACUUGUGACAAAGCUAAGGCCUUGAUGAAAUGGCUGGCUGAUUUCUUUCAACAAUCAAGCUGAACUCUUGCUGUUUGUGUAGAAUUUUUGUACUACUAUUUCUGUUGUUUCUUUCUUCUUUUCUUGGUCAAAUAAGUAGCCGUUUGAACGUGAAUUUGAAAUAAUUGAUUUGAAGUUGAAAUUUGGAUUUUAAAAAAGAUAGAUGAGAAAUGCCAAGUUUAGUAUUUGUCUUUUCACUUGCUCUUGCCUUAUUUUUUGUUACAAGAAGAGGGG